GAUAAAGAAUUGCAUAGUAUUUAAAGUGUGCAGCUUGUUAUACAUUCGAUUAUUAUGUGCUUCUUUAAAUUUCAAUGUUUUGAUUGUGAAGUUCGACUACAUUUAUAGCUUGACUUUGUGGUGUGAUCUACAGGACAAGAACAAGUUGAUGGAUGCUUUAAAGCAUGCUUCGAACAUGCUGGGGGAGCUGAGGACCUCCAUGCUUUCUCCAAAGAGCUACUAUGAGCUCUAUAUGGCUAUCUCUGACGAACUCCACUACCUAGAGGUUUAUCUGACUGAUGAGUUUGCCAAGGGACGCAAGGUGGCAGAUCUUUAUGAGCUGGUCCAGUAUGCAGGCAACAUCAUUCCAAGGCUCUAUCUGCUGAUCACAGUGGGUGUGGUGUACGUUCGCUCCUUCCCCCAGUCUCGCAAGGACAUCCUGAAAGACCUGGUAGAGAUGUGUCGUGGCGUCCAGCACCCACUCAGAGGCCUCUUCCUCAGAAAUUACCUUCUGCAGUGUACACGCAACAUACUACCAGAUGAUGGAGAGCGGGCAGAGGGAACAGAAGAGAUGACUGGUGAUAUCAAUGACUCUAUCGACUUUGUCCUUCUCAAUUUUGCGGAAAUGAACAAGUUAUGGGUUCGAAUGCAGCAUCAGGGUCAUAGCCGGGACCGAGAGAAGAGAGAAAAGGAAAGACAAGAACUUAGGAUUCUCGUGGGCACCAAUCUAGUUCGCCUGAGCCAACUUGAGGGUGUCAACGUGGACAAGUACAAACAGAUUGUUCUUCCUGGAGUGCUGGAACAGGUUGUGAACUGCAGAGACUCACUGGCUCAGGAAUAUCUAAUGGAGUGCAUUAUUCAGGUUUUUCCAGAUGAGUUCCACCUUCAAACCCUGAACCCCUUCCUGCGUUCCUGUGCAGAGCUGCAUCAGCAUGUCAAUGUCAAGAACAUCAUCAUUGCCCUUAUCGACAGACUUGCUCUGUUUGCUCAUAGAGAAGAUGGUCCAGGCAUUCCAGCUGAGAUCAAAUUGUUUGACAUCUUCUCUCAGCAAGUGGCCACUGUCAUUCAAUCUCGGCAGGACAUGCCAUCAGAAGACGUGGUUUCUCUUCAGGUCUCUCUCAUCAAUUUGGCCAUGAAAUGCUACCCUGAACGUGUGGAUUAUGUAGACAAGGUCCUGGAGAGCACUGUGGAGAUAUUCAACAAGCUCAACUUGGAACACAUAGCAACCAGCAGUGCUGUGUCGAAGGAACUUACCCGACUGUUGAAGAUCCCAGUGGAUACCUACAACAAUGUCCUGAUGGUGUUGCAGCUCAAGCAUUUCCCACCGCUCUUUGAAUACUUUGACUACGAGUCACGUAAGAGCAUGAGUUGCUAUGUGCUGAGCAACACGCUGGAUUACAACACCACUAUUUUGGCCCAAGAACAGGUGGAUGCCAUCUUGAACUUGGUAUCCAUACUAAUCCAGGAUCAGCCAGACCAACCAGCUGAUGACCCAGACCCAGAGGACUUUGCUGAGGAGCAAAGCCUUGUGGGCCGUUUCAUCCAUCUGCUCCACUCUGAAGAUCCUGAUCAACAGUAUCUUAUUCUUAAUACAGCCCGGAAACACUUUGGUGCUGGUGGAAAUCAAAGGAUUCGUUACACACUGCCUCCUUUGGUGUUCGCUGCUUACCAAUUAGCCUUCAGGUACAAGGAGAACUCUUCAGCGGAUGACAAAUGGGAAAAGAAGUGCCAGAAGAUCUUUUCCUUCGCCCACCAGACCAUCAGUGCACUUAUCAAGGCUGAGCUUGCUGAGCUGCCGCUUCGACUCUUCCUGCAGGGGGCGCUGGCUGCAGGCGAGAUUGGCUUUGAGAACCACGAGACUGUAGCGUAUGAGUUCAUGUCACAGGCCUUCUCCCUGUAUGAGGAUGAGAUCAGCGACUCAAAAGCCCAGUUGGCAGCCAUCACGCUGAUCAUCGGGACUUUCGAGCGAAUGCGAUGUUUCAGCGAGGAAAACCACGAGCCUCUAAGGACUCAGUGUGCACUGGCUGCAUCCAAGCUGCUGAAGAAGCCUGACCAGUGCAGAGCUGUCAGCAUUUGCGCCCAUCUCUUCUGGUCAGGUCGCAGCACUGACAAAAAUGGUGAAGAGAUCCGUGAUGGUAAGCGGGUGAUGGAGUGUCUAAAGAAAGCACUGAAGAUUGCCAACCAGUGCAUGGACCCAUCGCUGCAAGUCCAGCUUUUCAUCGAAAUCCUCAACAGAUACGUCUGCUUCUACGAGAGGGAGAAUGAUGCGGUGACAGUCCAGGUAUUAAACCAGCUGAUCCAAAAGAUCAGGGAAGAUCUUCCCAACUUGGAGGCAAGUGAAGAAACAGAACAGAUCAACAAACACUUCCAUAAUACACUGGAGCAUCUUCGUCUGCAGAGGGAAUCCCCUGAGUCUGAAGGUCCUGCAUAUGAGGGCCUUGUCCUUUAAAACAAAUGCAGGUUGGAAGUCCUUCCCUAGAUGAUUCAUUAUAUUAGGAAUAUAUACUGCACAUACUCAGAAGAACACACAAAAUAUCCUGUAGGCCAGGAAUAAAAAUAAAUGUCAAGACCUAAAACUCAGUCUUUGAUUUUUUUCUUAAUUUCUCUGCAUCAUUUCCUCUGCACUGUCCCUCGCUUGCAGAACUGUUCUCUGCAACAUGUUGGACAUGUUAAAAAGCAUGUGUCAGCAAUACUGCACGUAACUUCUGUGUCAUUUGUGGCAAGUCUUAAGCACCAUUCCUUUAUGAAUUCACACUUUACCCGUUUGUCUUUAACCUGAAUCAUUUUAUUGUUGGUAGUAGCUCCACUAGCUGUGAUAUGUGUAUCCACUGAGUUAUUUGUCAUGAUACUGAGAAGUGAAUGUAUUAGCUGAGUGUACAAAGGCUCAAAAUCUAGUAGUGGUCUGCCAGCUUUUUUUCAUAUGACCUACUUUUCAAAUAUGAAUAAUCAGUAUCUGCUGUUCUGUAGGAUGGCUUGUGGCAAGUUUUAAUCAGGUAGUGCCAAACCAAACUGAAGACCAGAUUAACGUUCAAGUUUUGCCCACAAGAAUGAUGCAAACCAUGUUGUCCAUUUAAAAUCCCAUGAAUGUUUUACAAUAUAGUAUCUUUUAUUAUUGUUGGACUGUGGGACUGUGACACAGUUAAUAAAUGUGUAACAUUAAGCAUUUCCCCCAAUACGUCUGCCAUCCCAGCUAGACUGCAAAGAAAUAACAAAUAGCUGUGCAAAUAUAGUCAUUCGUAUAUAUGGAAAUGGUCAUAUUUUUGAAAAGAUUCUUUCCCCUCACUCUUUAGCAGAGCUUUUUAAUAACAUCAAGUUUGUCCCUCCAUCUCUAUAGACUUCUUAUUUUAUGUAUUAGUUUAUUUCAGUAAUGGAUUUACACAUUCAAAACUCCAGUGUGUGUGCAGUGUUAGCAUGUUUUAGUGUGCUUGUACCAAAAGGCCCCAUUCUCUCUCUCUCUCUCUCUAUAUAUAUAUAUAUAUACAUAUAUAUAUAUCUCACUAACUACAAUGUCUGAAUUUGUCAUUUUUUUGAUCAGUGAAACAUUUUGGAAUAGUAUAUUGAGGGGGAUGCAGCAGUUCCCCAAUCUUGUAUCCUGGUUGACAAACUGCUAUAGAGUAUAUAUAAUAGUGUACAAGGUUUUGGAAUUGUUUGCUAUGGCAUUGGACAGUAUCUGUUAAUUUCUCUUUCUUGACUCCUGUUGAUUUUUUUGGAGAGUAUUGACCAGUUUCUUUUCACUUUUAAACGCACUUGUGAAUCAGAUUAAACAAUGCUGAUUAAAUGGAAAUAAUCAUUGUCAUUUACUGAAAUAAAAUUGAAAUUAACAAUG